CCCCGCACCAAUGAUGGGCAGGCGGGACAACCACAGGUUAAAGACCAUGGCAAGGCGAGACGGGCAGAAAGAAUUGGGGACCUAGACCGUCGGGCCCAGCUGAUCUGCUUCGCUGUGUACUUGUCCCUCCCUCCAUCUUUCCUUCUUCCUUCUUCACUUCACUAUAUACCCAGGCUAUUCUGCUUCUUCUUCCUUUUCAUAUUCUCAACCCCAAAAAGCAGAAGAUGAGUGUUACCGAGAUCAAGGCCUCAAAGGCAAACAUUGGUGUUUACACCAACCCCGCCCACGAUCUAUGGGUUGCAGAGGCAGAGCCAAGUCUGGAGGAGGUGCAAAGAGGCGGAGAUCUGAAGCCUGGUGAGGUUCUGUUGAAUGUCAAGAGCACUGGUAUCUGCGGUAGUGACAUUCAUUUCUGGCAUGCUGGUUGCAUCGGUCCCAUGAUUGUUGAAGACACACAUGUCUUGGGCCACGAAUCUGCAGGCACAGUCAUGGCCUGCCACCCCUCAGUGACACACCUCAAGCCCGGCGACCGCGUAGCCAUCGAACCCAACAUCAUCUGCGGCGAAUGUGAGCCCUGCCUUACGGGCCGCUACAACGGCUGCGAGCGUGUUCUCUUCCUGUCCACCCCGCCCGUCACCGGCCUGCUGCGCCGCUAUCUCAAGCACCCAGCCAUGUGGUGCCACAAGCUUCCCGACAGCAUGAGCUUCGAAGAUGGCGCCAUGCUCGAGCCCCUCAGCGUCGCCCUCGCAGGCAUGGACCGCGCCAACGUCCGCCUCGGCGACCCCGUCAUCGUAUGCGGUGCGGGACCCAUCGGCCUCGUCACUCUCCUCUGCUGUCAAGCCGCGGGCGCCACCCCACUCGUCAUCACAGAUAUCGACCAAGGACGCCUCAAUUUCGCCAAAGAGCUUGUCCCCAACGUCCUCACCCACAAGGUCGAAUUCAGCCACACCCCCGAAGACUUCCAAGCCGCCAUCCUCAAGCUCACCGAGGGCGUCGAGCCCUCGCACGCCAUGGAAUGCACUGGCGUCGAAAGCUCCAUCAACAGCGCCAUCCAAACCGUCAAGUUCGGCGGCAAAGUCUUCGUCAUUGGCGUCGGCAAAAACGAAAUCAAAAUCCCCUUCAUGCGCCUUAGCACCCGCGAGGUCGACCUCCAGUUCCAGUACCGCUACUGCAAUACGUGGCCCAAGGCUAUCCGGUUGUACAAGAGCGGUGUUAUUGAUCUGAAGAAGCUGGUUACGCAUCGAUUUAAGCUGGAGGAUGCGGUCGAGGCGUUUAAGACGGCGGCGGACCCCAAGACGGGCUGUAUUAAGGUGCAGAUUCAGAGCUUGGAUUAGGUGUGAUAUACCCAUGUGGGUGGACUGGCGUAUUUAGUUUAUAUCAUUUUCUUUAUGGCAUGUAGAUUAGGGGGCUAGUUCCUCUUUGUAGGCAUGUGGUUUCCGCAUGGGCAUUCCCGCGGCUUUUUUGUUUGGUUCUUGGUUGGUAGGAAUGACGAAGGGAAAUGAAUUAAGAUAUUUGCAUUGAUGUUUAUGUUCUUGUGAGGUGGUAUCCGUGAGCGUUUUCUGAUAUCUUCCGUUGUGCG